AUGUUGCUUUAUAAAUAUUUUGCUUCAAAAAGUUUUUUAAAUUCGCCUCUUCCUGGUUUUCCUUACACUCAACAGCCCCCAGUAUCAACAUUUCAACAACAACAAUCAACUCAACAAAACUUGUUAGAACAACAACAAGCAGCCACCCAACUACAACAAGCAUUUGGUAGUGAUUCGUGGAAAACACCCAAUUAUCCUCCAACAACACAACAACAACAACAAAUACUCCAACAACAAACAUCCAGACAAGUCCCAACAGUUUUUGAGGGAACAAAUGUUCAGAGUAAUAUUGUUCCUUCAGGUUUUGGUCAGCAACAACAACAUCAAUACCAACAAUUAAUUCAAAACUUUCCACCUGGACAACCUCCACCUUCACAACAAUUUCGUAUUCAACCGCCUUCAAUUCGGCCUGCACAACCGGCUGCUGUCCAAUCCAUCAACUUAUACAAUACUCAACAACAAAACAUUCUCGCAACACGUUUUUCUGGUCCUCCAACACAAACAGGACAACCACAACAAACAACUUUUUAUUCCAACCCACCUCCACAACAACGAACACAAUUUACUCGAGGGGUAACCCAAUCUUUUGGUCAACAACAACAAUUUGGGGGUAGUUAUAGGGGUGGACACAAAACAUUUGGAGGGCCUCGUUUUCCAGGGCAACAGAGGUCUUUUGACUCUGACAGAGGUGGUGGAGAUAAACGUAGACGAAGCAGGUCCCCAGCAAAUGAACAACGUAAACGUUUAAAUAUUGUCUCAAACAAUGAAAAUGAUACUUCAACUACUAAUAAAACUACAGCUUCCGGAGAAUAUGGGAAAGGUCGUUUUUGUGUUCAAUUGUCGAAUGUUCCUUACAAGGCUGCUUUUAAUGAUAUUAAUGAGUAA